AUGUCAGACUCCGGGGAUGAAGCUGAUUCCCGAACAGCAUCGGUCGGCAUUCAGCGUCCCCGAUCGAAAAAUUCCUCCAUCCGCGGCUCCGGCGACAGUGACUCCCGACCCAAGAAGCGACAGCGACGGAACCGAUCCCGCGCAAGCGAUGUGGGCGAUAUUCUUCCCCGUGGCGCAUCCUUCAGCUUGAACCCACUCGAGGUCGAUCCCGACGAGACAUCCAGUUCCGGGUCGAGCGCGGGCUCCGGGGCCGAUUCCGACAAUUCGGACUCGCCUGAGAAGCCGGCAACCGUCAAUCCUCAUGCGGGCAGCACUGCGCCAGCGAUUAGCUGGAAUCAGGGGAGGAAAGCACCCGUGCGAACUACACUCGGGAAGCGCAAGGCGUCGGGGGAGGUUCAGCCAAAGCCCCAGGCUACAGGGCCGAAGACAGAACAGUUCUCGGCGGUGAAUGCGUUUUGGAAAUCUCGUGAUGGAUCGGGUUCGCCUGAGCCUAGUGGAGAGGAUACCGGUGUGGUUGGGGAUGAGGAUUCUGAGGGCGAUUCAAAUGGUUCGAGUGAACUGGAAGAGGGCGAGGUGGAUUCUAGAAGUGACUCUGAUGCAGUGUCUUUGGAUUCCGAAGCCGAUGAUUCCAUUUUGCUAAACAUUGGCGACAAAGCCGAGGAUACUGCAGAUGAAUACAUCCCAGAGAAGCCGGCUGUGACCAAUGGCCAAACAAAUGGUCAUGUGAAUGGGGUUUCGAAGGAAAGUGCAGCAUCGCCGCCUGGAUUUUUCGAGUCUAAGGAGGAGGCAUUUGAACGCUACGCAAAGAAAUAUCCCACACCGCCAGCUACCCUGGUGGAUCUCGACAAAGCGGAUAUGGACAUCCAGGCUCAGUUCAUCUAUUGGGAUCGAGACAUUAACGAGAUUGAUCUCCAACUCCCGGUUGGCUGCACUGAAUGCCUUCAAUAUGGCCAUCAGGCUGAAGUGUGUCCUACAAAAGAGUGUUCGCACUGUCAAGCAUGGAAUAAACAUAUAAGCGCACUCUGCCCCUCAUGGCAAAGAUGCGAACGAUGUCGGGAAAGAGGGCACACCGAUAAGGAGUGCCCGUCACCGUUGAAGAGCUCCGCUUCUGAGGUUCCUUGUGAUUUCUGCGACUCAACGGAUCAUACUGAGUCUUACUGCGACGACCGGUGGAAGUUCCCACUCCGUGAAACCACAUCAACAGAGGUCAGGGUUUCGAUCUCAUGUGCUAAUUGCAUUAGCAAAAGUCAUCUUAUUGGUGACUGUCCAUCUCUUCGCCGGCCUUAUAACACCUCAUCCUUCACACUCAAGGGCAUCGACCCUGACGAUAUCAUCAACCUCAACACAGCCCCCAAGCAGAUCCAGCCACCCAUAAAUUACAAGCAGGGUCGUAAGGCUCGAGGAGGAGCCCGGGGAGGAAUCAAUGCUCGAUCCUCAUCCCCUUCAAGUGAUGAUAUGCUGCCUCGCAAGGGCUCCAAGCCUCAGCCCGUCUCACGUGGACGAGGCCGCGGAUCGCACAUUCGAUUUGGCAAUUCAGUCGCACCGCCUCGUAAUGGUCCUGGGCCUGAUAAAUCGCGCGGAAGGCCCCCGCCGAAUCGUGGCCGGCCACAAUUCCCUGGGAAUAACACCCGCCAGCGUACACUAUCUCCGCUUCCGCGUCCCUUUCCCCGUGGCCCGCCCCCGAGAGGUCGUGGCCGUGGUGGUAAUGGCCGUGGAGGGCCACCGUCACGUGGUGGAGGUAGAGGUCGCAGAGGCAAAUAG